UCCUUUCCGUUCUUAGCAAUGUAUGUCAAUAGGAACCUCAUUAGUGCUCUAGAGGUCAACUUUACCACGACUGGCCCGGCUAGUUUACAGUUGAGUGAGGCAGUGGACGGGGCAGACGUGGUCGAUGUGGCGAGGCGAGUGUACCAAUACCACCUGGGGAAAGGACUCAACAUGGAUGAGGAUCACAGUGAAGCCCUCACACAGCUGUUCAGCAAUGUGCAUUUCAUGGUGGAUCAUGACCUUGUGACGAAGAACCACAUCCAUCACGCCAGCCACCACAACACUUACCGCUAUGAGUUCCGCUACAGAGGUGAAUUCUCCCUCAGCGACGACUUGGAUUCCCACGUCGGUAAACACUGGGUGCCGCAUGCAGAUGAUUUGCUCUACUUGUUCCAAGCGGGAGAGCUUCUCGGUCCUUCAAAGCAAAUCCAGCAGCUCAACACACCAGAGGACCUAAGAAUGAGAGAUAUUAUGUCCACACUCUGGACCAACUUCGCCGCCACAGGGAAUCCAACUCCUGACGAUUCUCUUGGGUUCACAUGGGAGCCCUCCACUGAAAACAGCUUCCAGUACCUCGCACUCAACCUCAAACCUACCAUAGAGGCCGACCAGAGGCAAGAGGUGAGGAAGUUCUUCGCAUCUCUCCCCGUGAGGAUGUACCGUAUCCUGCAUCCUGACGGGAUCCCUCAGGAUGACAUCCUUCAACAUGAGGAUUCGAGAAGUGCACUACAAGAUGAACUCUAGGACAGAAGGAUACGCUAUAUACGUUUCCAAGAGUUGAGGGAGUGUGUACAGGAAUUUCUAGAUGCUUUAC